CUGAGACAAACCACGAAACAGACCGUUGUUCGGCAACCAGGAAGGGACACACACACCCAGAAACAGACGAUAAGAACCUUUUUUAGACCGGACCCAAAGCUUCCCCUGAGGGAGGAAAGCUUCACCUGGAAAUACUGGAAGUCCUGCAACUUUAACAUGCCACUGACUGCAUUCACGAGCUGUGAAUUUAGAGGGAAAAGACUUCCUGAAGUAUCUUGACUGACUGACUUCCUGUUUUGCAGACUGCCUGAAGCGUUCAACUUUGCUUUGAGAAAAUGUCUCUCCAGUCCGAAGAGGAUCUCUCCUGUCCUGUGUGCCAGGACAUCUUUAAAGAUCCAGUUGUCCUCUCAUGUAGCCACAGCUUCUGCAAAGAUUGUCUGCAGAUGUGGUGGAAAGGGAAACCUAUACAGGAGUGCCCAGUUUGUAAAAGGAAAUCGUCAAGGAGUGAUCCACCUCGUAACCUGGCAUUAAAGAACCUGUGUGAGGUCUUCAUAUUGGAGAGAAAGAGAGCUUCCUCCGGGUCUGAGGCUCUCUGCAGUCUGCACUCUGAGAAACUUAAACUCUUCUGUCUGGACCACCAGCAGCCGGCGUGUCUCAUCUGCAGAGACUCCAAAACACACACCAACCACAGAUUCAGACCAAUCCAUGAAUUUGCACUGGAUCACAAAAAGGAGCUCCAGAAAGCCCUGAAUCCUUUACAGGAGAAACUGAAGCUCUUCGAAUAUGUCAAAGGAAACUGUGAUCAAACAGCAAAACACAUUAAAGUCCAGGCACAACACACAGAGAGGCAGAUUAAGGAGCAGUUUAAGAAGCUUCACCAGUUUCUACAAGAGGAAGAGACUGCCAGGAUCACUGCUCUGAGGAAGGAAGAGGAGCAGAAGAGUCAGAUGAUGAAGGAGAAGAUUGAGGCUCUGAGCAGAGAGAUAGCAGCUCUUUCAGACACAAUCAGAACCACAGAGGACGAGCUGAGAGCUGAAGACGUCUCAUUCCUACAGAACUACAAGGCAGCAGUGAAAAGAGUCCAGCAGCACCCCCUGCUGGAUGAUCCAGAACUGGUCUCAGGAGCUCUGAUAGACGUGGCCAAACACCUGGGCAACCUGACCUUCAACAUCUGGAACAAGAUGAGGGAGGUGGUCUCCUACACUCCUGUGAUUCUGGAUCCAAACACUGCCAACCCAGAAUUUAUCCUAUCUGAAGAUCUGACCAGUGUGAGACAUGGAGAGAGGCAACAGCUUCCUGAAAACCUUGAGAGGACUGACUAUCAUCGCUCUGUCCGAGGCUCAGAGAGCUUUAACUCAGGGAUUCACGUUUGGGAUGUUGAAGUUGGAGACAAUACAGCCUGGUUUGUUGGUAUGGUGGCAGAGUCUGUCCAGAAAAAGGGACGCAUCAAAUCUGGCUUCUGGCAAGUAGAGUUCUACAACGAUAAAUACAGCACACGCUUGUUAGGAUGUCCACCCACUGUUCUCCGAGUGAAGAAGAAGCUCCAGAGGAUCAGAGUUCAUUUGGACUGGAACAGAGGAAAACUGUCAUUCUGUGAUCCUGAUACGAACACACUCAUUCAUACCUUCACAGACACUUUCACGGACAAACUGUUUCCAUGCAUCGGAACUUUGAAUGAAUUCCCACUGAAGAUAUUACAAAACAAGAUUUCUGUAACAAGAGAAUAAAGAUAACGUAUUUUUCACUUUCAGCAUACUUUUCUUUGACGCUACAUGGACGACAUAUUGUGUUCAACCAAAAACUACACCCAUGUGUGCUUUAGGAUGCUGGUGCUUGCAGAGCUAAUUGAACAUGUGUUGGGUCACAGUGUCUGGCGUGCAGUUUGUGUUCCAGUUCAUCCCAGCAGUGUUGAAGUCAGGGUUCUGUGAAGAACAGUCAAGUUCUUCCACACCAAACUGAGAAAAUUAUUUUUGUACAUUGGGAUAUUGUGUUGUGGAAAUAAGAACUUUUGCCAAUCCGUUGGAAUAACACUAUUGUCUAAAAUUUCAUUGAAUGUUGAAGAAUUAAGAUUUCUCUUCAUUUUGGGCCCACGAAAAGCAGCCAAGUCAACGCACACUUAUGUGGACAGUGAGAGGUGUCCACACACUUUUGGCCACACAGUGUAUCUUUUUCAAGUGAAAUGUUUUCGUGCUGUUUUUAAUGUCUUAUUCAUAUUUCAUUUUCUGCUUUGCUGUUGCUGUCUGUUGUUAAGUGCUGCUGCACUGACUUAUCAAGAACCAACUGACUUUAAUCCCUUCUGCUCUGUCGUGCUGUUGGACAUACAGUUAAAAUACAAAAAUAAAACUAAUCUCAGAUAAA